AUGGGAUUAGGUACGAUCGCUACGAUUGGUGCUCUAGGUGCCAUGUACUUGGAUGCAAAGUAUGCUAUUCGAUAUGACAUGCAUAUGCUAAAGUCAGUGUACUCCGUAUUGAAAAAACAUCAAGCAGCCGAAGCCAAGGAUCGUGAGCACAUCUACUACCAUUUUCGAGACAAGGCUAAAGCCACCCCCGAUCGCGUCUUUCUUGUUUUUGAAGGAAGAAAGUAUACGUAUCGACAGCUGGAAGUGGCAUCGAAUCGUUUGUCGCACUGGCUUUUGGAUCAAAAUGUCCGAAAGGGGGAUAUCAUUUGCAUGAUGCAUCAAAAUCAUCCAACGUUCCUUAUCGCUUUUUGGGCUAUCAGCAAGAUUGGUGCCAUCCCUUCCUUGAUCAAUUACAACCUUUCGGGUGAUGCCUUGUUGCAUUGCUUGACAGUAGCAAAAUCAAAGAUCUUUUUGUUCGAUCCCAUGUUUGAAGACCAAGUGGCAACAAUAGCUCAAGCAGCUCAGGAUGAGGGUGGCGUGCAAUUGGCAGCUUAUGGAGAAGCGACCGAAUUUGAAGAAGCUACAUGUCAGCUUGCUCCUGCACUUGUUCCCAGCAGGCUACGACACUAUUCUGCCGAGGAUCCAAGUGAGCAUUUGCUUAAAGGAAUUGGUAUCAAGGAUGUUUGCUUCUUGAUCUAUACAAGUGGCACAACAGGCAUGCCAAAGGCAGCCAUUGUACAACACGCGCGUUUAAAUGGCAUCAUUUGGGGUGCAGCAGCGCUCUCAAGAUUAUCCGAAAAUGACGUGACUUAUUGUUGCCUUCCAUUAUACCAUGCCACUGGAUUGUACAUGGCCAUGGGGAAAUGCCUCCAUGUUGGUGGUACAUUUGUGUUGGCACGCAAAUUUAGUGCCACCCGCUUUUGGGACGACGUUUACAACAAUAAUGUCACCGUGUGCUACUAUGUCGGUGAGCUUUGUCGCUACUUGAUGAAUCAGCCUCAUCAUCCGCUUGAAGAUAAGCAUAAAGUGCGUUUAUUCUUUGGGAAUGGCAUGGCACCCGAUAUUUGGAAUGCGUUCCGUCAAAGAUUCCACGUUGAGGAGGUGGAUGAAUUCUAUGGUGCAAGCGAAGGGCCUGGUGGUCUUUUUAACAUCAACAAGAAUGAACGAACAGCAGGUGCUGUUGGCUACUUUGGGCCGUUAAUACAGCUUUUGAGACAAGACCUGAAGCUUGUAAAGGUUGAUCCUGUUACCGAAGAUCCUAUUCGAGAUGCUCAAGGUUUUUGUAUCCCCUGCGAUUACAUGGAACCAGGCGAGAUGCUUGUUGGGCUAACAGGUCAAGGUGGCCGAUCUGGAUUUGAUGGCUAUUACAAGAACAAAAAGGCCACGGAUAAAAAGCUGAUCCAAAACGCAUUUAAAAAGGGUGACAUCUACUUUCGCACCGGUGAUUUGUUAAAGAGAAAUAGGGAAGGCAUGUAUUUUUUCGUGGAUCGCUUAGGAGACACCUUCCGCUGGAAAUCUGAAAAUGUAGCAACGACCGAGGUAACUCAAGCCAUAUGCAAGCAUCCUGCAAUUGCAGAGGCCAACGUAUUUGGUGUUGCUGUUCCACACAUGUCAGGAAGAGCGGGCAUGGCUGCAUUAAUUUUACGUCAAGGCAUGCAACUCGAUUUCGAUGACUUUUACAAUCAUUUGGCAUCUCAGCUACCCAAGUAUGCCAUCCCUGUAUUCCUACGAUUUGUGCCAUCCAUGAAUAUGACAGGCAAUUUCAAGCAGCAAAAAGUAGCUUUUCGUAACGAAGGCAUUGACAAGAUCCCUGAAGAUCAAGCUGUUUACUGGUUACAAGACGGUAGAUACAUUCCAUUUACAAAACAAGAUCUAGCUCGAGUGCAAGAGGGGAAUGUAAAGUGGUAG